CCGAAGUCACUGUGCUGAGGAUCAUUAUGAGAGUUUACCAGUUUCUCUCUCUAUCCGUCCUUCUGGCACUUUGCAGCCAACUUGCUCCAGCGGAAGAACUGUCACUGCAGUCGUCUUGGCUUGUCUCAAAUCCACACAGAGAGAUCGAUAAACCUAUGGGAAUGACUUUUAUGACUUGCACAUGGAUAUCAAGCAGCCAGUCGUUUGCCAACUGCAAGAGUAGCGAUUUGAGCUACGGAGGCGUUACCAACUUCGACGUCGACAACAAAAAUAUCUUAUUCGAUGGCUACUGGUUGAAAAUUCCGUAUAAGACGUCAUUUCGAGCUCAACCGUACUGUAGUGUAAAUCGUCACUUUCUUACAUUGAAUACACGCGUGUCGGCGGUGGGAGGAUUUUCAACUGAGUAUAGUCUGACGCUAAUGCGGGCACUGGGUGAUGUAGCUGUAAGGUGGACUGAAAAAGACAGCUCUUACGAUGUCAGGUUUAGCGUAUAUUGUUUAUCUGACAUGCCUGCUCACGGAUUUCUAUCGCAAGACAAAUCGACUAAUGUGGGAGUAUCACUGCCAUCUGCUUGGCUCUUCAUAGAUCCGGUUGCGGAUUCUUCUGCGGCUCUGGGUAUCAGUUUGCUACUAUUCGGUCUAUGGGAUAAUAUCGCGGGUACUGUUACAACUGAUUUUGAGGAAACGGCUACGUAUGGAUCUGUAGCAAAUAUGGAACUAUCUCUUGCUAGGGUAGAGAUCAUAAACGGUCAUGAAAUGCUGUAUAUACCCUUUACGACUGCCUACGGUAGAGCUCCUUUAUGCAUGGCUAGGUCGUUUUUCCUUGGCAUUCCGGGUUAUAUGCCAACUAUGCCAUCUGCUAAUGGAGUUUAUCUUACAAGAUACCACCAAUCGAUCUAUUAUAAUUGGUCUGGAUCCGACGACACUAUUGUAAUAUUUUGCGUUGGUGCCAUGCAAUAUGAAGACUCGAGUGCAAGUUCAGGUCAAUAUUCAGACACAACUUCAAUACCAUACGUUGGUCUACCAUCACACUGGACAGUGGUCAACUGGGAUUAUGACGGAGAUCGGCCAAUGGGUUUAUCGCUCUUGGCCUGUACUUGGAGGUCGACGAAUGAAAGUUUGAUAGACUGUGACUCGAAGCAAAGCUAUGGAGGAGUGGCCAACAUGGAUGUGCAAAAUGCAGAACUCGAUGAUAGCGGAUAUGUUCUCACAGUCCCGUUUAUUAAGUCAUACGCUAAAUUGCCUCACUGUUUUAUGGGAGAAAAUCAACUGGAAGACCAGUUUGUAGUGCUGCAAAUACAUAUUUCCGUGACAAUCGAUUCGGUUUCACUCUAUCGUCUUUCUGGAGACAUUGACUCGAGUUUUACAAUGUUGUGCUUCGGUGUGAUGUCUUGGAACCACUAGGAGACUCAGUCUCAAGCCUUGAUUGCUAAGAAAAGAAAAGACUGCGAAUGGAACAAUUAUGCAGUUCCAUUAAUUCGUGACUUGUAAUGCUGCUGUUGCUUAUAGAGAUGUAUUGCCUUAAUUAAUUAAAUACGACAACGUGCGUAAUGCUUUUAAAAUUCUGUAACUGUGUGUCGUUUACAAUAGAUCACGUUUGCUAAUAAAUAUAUGAUAUGGAUGGAUGCAGAA